CUAGAAAUGCAGGAUUGGAAACAGGAUACCGAAUGGAAUGAUGCUCUCAGAAAGUUAGGAAUAAUUCCAGAAUUACCCAAAGAACCAGAACCCGAAGAACCAAUCCAUGACGAUGGCAUCCACCCAGAAAAAAUGAGUUUAAAGCAGCUUGAGAAAGCAGAGGAUUUAUUCGACGAGGAAGAUGAAAUUUUUUUCCAGUUCUACAAGCAACAGAAAUUAAAUCAACUUCGAUUAAACCAACAAAGACCGUCAUUUGGCUCAGUUGUAGAAAUAACCCGACAAGAUUGGACUGAUCAGGUAAAUAAAGCAGGAAAUAAUAUAUUUGUCCUCGUCCACGUUUAUAACGAUGGGUUUGUAUGUGGAAUAAUUAGUAGUGACGAGCUCUGUUCACUAAUCAACAAUUGUAUGUCCCGUUUGGCCCCCCUUCACCCAUUCUCCAAGUUUAUCAGGGGACGGGCUUCCACCUGUGUGGAGAACUAUCCCCAUAAAUAUUGUCCGUCGUUGUUUGUGUAUAAAAGUGGGGAUUUGAUUGCUCAGUAUGUUCGUUCUCAACUGCCUUCUAUCUCUUGUUUGAAAGGUUGA